UUAUUUUCAGAUGAUAAUGGAUUUGUGUGUAUUAUAAAUACAAUGUGCACAUGUGUUUUCUUAUGAGAAUACUAUAGUUUUCCUUCUGUUCACACAUUCAACAUGUUGGUGCUAAAGCUAAUCUGGAUCAUUUUGCUGCUCUUUCUGUGUCGGCAAGGAGUAGAAGCAAAAAGAGUAGUGGUCUGUGAAGGAGGGUUUAUGCACCUCCGCUGUCUUUCGGGAGUAAUAAAGAUCAAUAAAGCCAACUAUGGGCGGACUGAUCGCACAACAUGCGCUCGGGGGAUAUUAGAUGUUCACACCUCAAAUAGGAACUGCUUCCAAAGAUCAUCCCUCCGUAUAAUGUCCCAUCGGUGUGAUGCAAGAAAGAGAUGUUCUGUUCAUGCAGUGAACACAGUUUUCUCUGAUCCUUGUGCUUGGACUUAUAAAUACCUGGAUGUAGAUUAUAAAUGUGUCUAAAAGGUACAUUUUGCAGUUGAUUAUUAAAAUUAUUUAGCUUAAGACAUGCUAUGUAGAUGAUCACAACUAA